AUGGAUCUUGUUGACGAAGAAUCGUUGUCACACUUUGAUCCUUCCCGAUAUUAUCCAGCAAGAAUUGGCGACUCGAUUGGGAGUUCUUGCAUAAUAAGAUCCAAGUUAGGAUAUGGGCGAAGUUCAACUACUUGGCUUUGCCAAGAUUUGAACAAACACUUCAAAGUCCUGAAGAUCUUAACCGCAGAUGCUACUUCGCAUGAAGCCCAAGCAUUGAAGCAUAUAGAGCAAUGUUCAUCAUCCCAGGAACAUCCAGGCAAAUACUGUGUUCGACGAUCUAAUCAAAUUUUCAGUAUUACAUCGAACGGCCGAGUACAUCAAUGCUUUUUAUUUGAGCCGCUAGGAGCAAGUCUACUAGAGUUUACUAAGGCGAUUCCGAGGAAUUCUUUUGGAUCUCAUAAUGUUCGUUGGAUUACUACUUAUCUUCUUCACGCAAUGGAUUUCCUCCACUCUAAUGGAGUUGUCCAUACAGACAUUAAAUUGGACAAUAUUCAAAUGACCCUGCCGAAUGACGAGGAGGAGUUUCUAAACUCUUUUAUCGCAGCUGAAACACACCACACAAGUUAUGUGAAGCAAAUCAAUAGUGACUUACCUAUAUAUCGAUCUCGCCAAAUGGUCCAAGACGAACUAGGAUACCCCAUACUCUGCGAUCUGGGUUCAGCUGUACUAGGCACCUCAUAUCACAAAGGGCUAGCUCAAGCUCUUCCAUAUCGGGCUCCUGAAGUAAUAUUUGGUGCAGAUUGGAACUCCAAAAUCGAUGUUUGGAAUUUGGGCGUUUUAAUCUGGGAACUCCUUUUUGGGGAACGUAUCUUCGGACAAACAGAUGAACUGAGCUCGGUAAGUCUGAUGGUUCAGUAUUUAGGUCUUCCUCCGAAGAGCUUCCUUGGUCGUUGCGCCGCAUCUCAAGCUUUCUUCGAUGAAAAGGGAGACUGGAAGCAUGGAGACAUCAGCGCCAUACAUAUUGAAGAUCGGGUGGAAGCAGAGGCAACAAUGCCAUUGCUUUUCGAUUUUAUGCGCUGCAUGUGGAGAUGGGAUCCCGACGAUCGGAUAUCAGCAAGUGAGCUUCUCAAGCACCCUUGGUUACACACUGGAUGA